GAGACACAAACUAGAUUGGCAAGUAUGAGCUAAGACUGUUUUUUGCCAUUCUGUUGCCUUCAUGCAUCUAGUCGGGCUUUGUCUCGGAUUUGGUUGGAAAGUACAAGUUACACAAAAGUACAUGAAAUCUGUUUUCAACAAGUGCUCUGGAGUAGUAGUAUUGGAGAGUGAAGACCUUACUAAAGGACGGGAACCUGAAGGAUCAGAAUAAAGAUGGAGUCUUUCAGCGGUUUAAUGAAGGAUCAACCUUAUUAAGUCUUCAUUCAGAAAAGUGACCUGUAUCUGAGAUAACUCCUGCAAGAGCAGGGAAGUUUGUGCAGUUUUCACUCGCCAGGAAAAGGGCAGUGAGGAAUGGCUGCAGACAACUUUACAGAUGUCUGGGCAAAGCUCAAAGAUCUGCAUGAACAAGAAGUGCGAGGACUGUACGCAAAGUUAACUGAAAUAAACAUGGAACGAUGUCUUGAUGCCCAGAGAUUGGAAGAGUUGUUCAGCAAGAACCAUCAGCUGAGAGAACAACACAAGAUCAUGAAUGAUAAUGUCAAGAUUUUGGAAAACAGGCUCCGGGCAGGUCUUUGUGAUCGAUGUACAGUCACACAGGAGAUGGCCAGGAAGAAGCAACAGGAAUUUGAAACAUCUCAAUUCCAAAGCCUUCAGCACAUUUCUGUUCUCACUCAUGAAAUCAAUGGACUGAAAGAAGAAAACAAGUUACUUCAUCAGGAGCUGAGAAAGCUGAAAUACCUCUUACAGCAAAGUCAAAGUUCUCCGAGAGGAAACCGUUCCUUGUCAGACAAUAGCAUACCUUUUGAUUCAUCCUUGAGCAACAAAAGGAGGCAAAGUGUGGAUGCUGUUCUCAGUCCAAUGUCAGGGCAACAAAGACAUAAACACGACUUCAGGCUUCCUUCACAAGAGAACUUCAUAAGCCCAAAAAUAUCACCCUGUCACAAUCUGCAUGACCUUUCACUACUUGAUUUGGGGUUCACUGGCCUUUCUUCAACUGCGAAUAAAGGAACUGUCUGGGGAAACCACUCUCAAAGAAUAUCUAACCAGCUACAUGGGACGAUAGCUGUCGUACAGUCUAGCUCCCCAACUUGCUGUGCAGCAGAAAAAGAUAUUGCUUCAGCAGAGCUUGACGUGAAACUCCAAGAGCAGAGACAUUAUAAGGAGGAACAUAACUGGUCCAAAACCUGCAGGGGAAAUGAGGACGGCAGAGGGAAACUUGGCAUCAUCAUGGAAAAGCAAGCUGAAGAAGGAAAGGUUCAACCAGGCUUCUGUGCAAAUACAGAGGAAAAUGACAAAGGAGUAGGAGAGAAACCUCUGGAUUUGUCGGAUUACAAUAAACAUAAGGAGACAGCUUGGUCCACACAUAGAAGUGAGUCAUCCAAUCACAAUGAGGCAAUGCAGGCAAGAUAUAAAGAACCACUGGAGAGGAAAUGCUCUCAUGAUAGCUUAGCAAGUGAAAAUUUCCAGGACAAUAUGCACUCUUAUGAAACAGUCGCCAAGAUGGGGAAUGUUGAACCACCCAGUAGGGACAAAGAUAUGACACAAGAUCUGUUGAGUCCUAAAGACGGAUUAAAAAUGAGUGAAAAUGAAGACAAAGUGUACAAGAAUUUGAAUUUUAAGGCACAGUAUGACAGCACUUCUAACUCAAGAGAGACAGACAAAAGUCCAAGAAUUAAAAUGAAACUAUGCACAAAGAGACCCAUAACCACGAAUGGUGGAAAUCCAAGUGUGGAAGUGCAUCUCCAGUUUUUGAACACCCAGCCAGAGUCACAUGAUCUUUCUGAAUGUGAGACUGAUGACAUUCAAGAAACAGAUGAAAUCCAGGAGAUUAAACCGGAAAAUGAGAAGCAUCAAUCUGAACGUGGUGCCGACCGGCCAAAAAAAAAGAAAAAGAAGAAGCUCCAGGACUACUGGACUUCUGCCGCAUACAAGAGAGGAAGACGACUUAAAAAAUGUAAACCAGCCCAACCAGUGCACGGACAUUCUUCACAAUGCAGUUCAAGUAUCCCAGAAAACAAAGCUUCCAGUCUUCCGGAGUUGGUUCCAGAAGGAUUCCUAGCAUCUGUAGUUCUUUCAAGAGAUAGUUGCGAUCCUUCAGUUCUGGCCUCUUGCACACCUCCAGUGGCAAAAAAAUGUCUUCAGCUGCCAAAGCCAAAACUUUUAGAAUCCACUUUCUAAACCUUAGUCUCUUCUGCCCUGUAAAGCUCUUUGUAAUGGACUUCGAAGAAGUUUGAACAAAAAAGUGUUGUGCACUUCUUGACUAGUUUAUCGAUAAUUUGCAAUUUCACAGUGACCUUGUCAGAUAAAAUUUGACAAUGAAUUCAACUGUAAAUCACUCCAUAAAUGCUAUCUUUUUGAACAAGAUGUUGAAGAAGUGUGAACUAAGUGACUUUGACCAUGGAAUUAUUGUUGGUGCGAGACAAAGUAGUUUGAGUUUCUCAGAAACUCCUGAGAUUUUCACACACAACUGUCUCUAGAGCAGAGGUUCCCAACCUUUUUUAUGCCAUGGACCCAUACCAUUGAACAAGGAGUCCAUAGACCCCAGGUUGGGAACCACUGCUCUAGAGUUUACAGAGAAUGGUGCGAAAAACAAAAAAGAUCCAGUGAGCAGCAGUUCUGUGGUUGAAAAUGCCUUGUUAAUGAGAGAAGUCAAAGGAGAAUAGCCAAACUGGUUGAAGCUGAUAAAAGGACAUCCGUAGCUUAAAUAAUCAACAGUGAUGUACAGGAGAGCAUCUCUUAACACUGAACACAUCAAACCUUAAAGUGGAUGGGCUACAGCAGAAGAAGAACAUUCCUUUACCUAACAAAGUGGUCACUGAAUGUAGUUGCAGCAGGUGUAAUUAAACUUUUGGGAGAAAAACUGGUGAUAUUUAUAAUAAAGAAUUGAUAUUUAGGAUGGUGAUUAAUAUUUGUAUUUUACUAUUACUUGGUAACAUUAAUAACUUUUAAGAUGAGUUGGAGGCAUAAUUAUUGAUGUUUAGUAGCUUUCCGUGUUAUAGGAUCUUAUUAUCAUCUUGAUAAUAUGUCUUCUUUGCAGUCAAAACUAAGAAGAACAUUUAUAUUUAAAUUGGAAAGCAACAGAGUUGAAGACUGAAGUUCUGGAGAGGCCCUAUAUAAGAAUUCUUCACACUGCAUUCUGUCACUUUGAAUAAUUUUUCUCUGCAUUAGUUAGUCUGUCAACCGAGUCUGCCAGUGGAUUGACAACACAUUCAGAAUUGAACACUUCUAAAAGAAAUGACAUCAUUUUACUUUUCAUAAUCAGUUAUAUUACAUACUUAAGAAAUAUCUUGGACAGCUACAAGGUUACACCACCAGUUUCACAAUAUUGUUGCUAUUAACUGAACUAUAAUGAUACAGCACAAUACAGGCCCAAGGAAUUCUGCAGAUGCUGGAAAUUUAAGCAACACACAUCAAAGUUGCUGGUGAACGCAGCAGGCCAGGCAGCAUCUCCAGGAAGAGGUACAGUCGACAUUUCGGGCCGAGACCCUUCAUCAGGACUAACUGAAAGAAGAGCUAGUAAGAGAUUUGAAAGUGGGAGGGGGAGAAGAGAUCAAAAAUGAGAGGAGAAGACAGGAGGGGGAGGGAUGGAGCCAAGAGCUGGACAGUUGAUUGGCAAAAGGGAUAUGAGAGGAUCAUAGGACAGGAGGCCCAGGGAGAAAGAAAAGGGGGAGGAGGGGAAAAACCCAGAGGAUGGGCAAGGGGUAUAGUGAGAGGGACAGAGGGAGAAAAAGGAGAGAGAGAAAAAGAAUGUGUGUAUAUAAAUAAAUAACGGAUGGGGUACGAGGGGGAGGUGGGGCAUUAGCGAAAGUUUGAUAUGUCAAUGUUCAUGCCAUCAGGUUGGAGGCUACUCAGACGGAAUAUAAGAAUAUAAGGAACAUAAGGUGGCCCUUUGGUCCACAAUGGUGUGCUGACCCUUUAACCUACUCCAAAAUCAAUCUAGCCCUUCUCUCGCUCAUUGCCCUCCAUUUUUCUUUCAUCCAUAUGCCUAAGAGUCUCUUUAAUGUCUUUAAUGUAUCUGUCUCUGCCACAACCAUCAGCGUGUUCCACACUCCUAGACUGCAUAUGAUAAACCUACAUCCCACCCCCCCAUACUUUCCUCCAAACAGCUUAAAUUUAUGCUUCCUUAUAUUAGCCAUUUCCACCCUUGGUAAAAGCCUCUGGCUGUCCACUAGCUUGCAUUUUUAAAAAUGCCUUCCCUGUGUAACAUUCUUACUGAAUUGAAGACUGCCUUAUUACUGAUAAAAUGGGUCACUUCCACCUUUUAUAUCCAUGUCAAGCAUUCCACAGCAGAUGUGACACAGGUUUGGUAUACAGUAGGACAUUUGCUGCUCAGUGCCACCAAGAUACCUUAACUCCACCUGUUGUAAAUUUAAUGUUUGAAUAAUAUUGUGCAUAUGUUGUUUGAUUAAGUAUUCUUUGUUGUUUACAUAAUUUGUUAUGGAUUAUAUGUAAAAGUAUAUGAUUGGCAUGCAUACAUCAUUAUGCCACCAUGCCAUAAGUGUGUGCCUCACUAAAGUAAAGAGUAAGUAGGCAAAAAGAGUCCUGGCUCCGU